AUGAUCGAGCAGGGUAACUAUCAGCUAGAAGCAAUCGAUGUUCCUCCUCCCUUGCCUCUUGAUCUCCAUGAGCAUAAAUUCCAUAUAUGCUUGCAAUGGGGCAUCAUAUUACUCACGUCUUGUAUAGCGCCGUUGGUGCUUUAUCCAAGCUUACGCUGGGGGGCGGACUUAUCCGAUAAGAUUGCGCUGAGUGUAGCCAGCGCCGUCCUAGGAGCGUCGACUUUAUAUUCGCUGGGCCUGCGAACAUGGCGACUACUCAAACCGGCAUUAGAUUGCCGACCUCUUACAUCAGAAAGUCGUUGGAUGUUUGACUUCUUCCACUGGAACUACCUCGUUGGCUUUAUGCUUGUCACCAUAGUUCUCGUGAUUGGCUUGACAGAGGAGCCUCCCAGUGUACGAAUGGAGUCUUUGCCUCCAUCUAUUCUACUCGUCCAAGUUGGAUCUACCCUGGUGAUUGUUGGGUUUUUGGCAAAGCUUCGCAUACGUCAACCAUUCGCGGUCUCCUCCCAUCCUGCAGGUGCAAUUUUUCGACCAGGCAUCUUGGUGAUCAUCGAGGAUAUCGUUGCGGUCGACGGGGGCAAAGGCAGGUUAUAUCGCUCAGCCCUGAUGGAGCGGUAUACAGCCAGCCCGCGGUUUCGACGUCUAAUUGAGGAUUUAAACUGGUUCUGGGGAUUUGGUGGGCUUCUUUUGGGCGUUCUUUUGAUAAGUAUACUUUCUUCGGUUCAUGAUCAGACUUUUGCUUGGGGGCUGGGGUGGACGAUACCAUGGAUUUGGGCUGGUAUCUGGACGGUUAUUACUACCUACUGGGUUAAGUCUGCGCUGAGGGAAGAGAAACGUACCUGGUCUGAGAGCGCAAUGAAGAACGCGGUGUAG